AUGGAUGACAACAAGUCAGUUACGCCCACUGUUCAAACUACAGGUCCUAGCUCAUCUGAUAUGGAGUACUACUAUACCCAUCUAUACCCAUUCAAACUUAUAUUUAAUUGGUUAAACCAUUCUUUAACACCUAAUAGAGAUAUUGUUAAUAGAGAAUUUGCAAUGGCUUUUAGAUCGGGUGCGUAUAAGAGAUAUAAUUCCUUUAGUACUAUCCAGGAAUUCAAAAAUCAGAUUGAAAAGGGUAAUCCAGAUAGAUUUGAAAUUGGUGCUAUCUACAAUAGACCUCCUAAGGAGCGUGAUUCAUUAUUGAAAAGUGAAAUGCAGCCUUUAGAGAAAGAGCUUAUUUUUGAUAUUGAUAUGGAUGAUUACGACACCUUCAGAACAUGUUGUUCAGGUGCGCAAGUCUGUGAAAAAUGUUGGAAAUUCAUCUCAUUAGCUAUGAGUGUGAUCAACACCUCCUUGAUGGAAGAUUUCGGGUAUGAGGAUUUCAUCUGGGUGUUUUCAGGGAGGCGUGGUGCCCAUUGUUGGGUCAGCGAUAAGCGGGCUAGAAUUCUCAAUGAUCUUCAAAGAAGAAAUGUUUUAGAAUAUUUAAAUGUUGUAAGAGAUAGGACUGCAAGUAAAAGGCUGGCGCUCAAGAGACCUUAUCAUCCCCAUCUAUCUCGAUCUUUGGACCAAUUAAAACCCUACUUCGUUGAUAUAAUUCUGAAAGAACAAAACCCAUGGCAAAAUGAUGAGCAUGCACUAGACACACUUCUACCAGGCUUAUAUGAUAAACAACUUAUUGAAAACUUAAAGAGAUACUGGAAAGAAAAUCCCAAUAGGUCUAGCACAGAAAAAUGGAAUGAUAUUGAUAUUAUUGCAUCUAAAGAUUUGAAAGCUUCAAAAAAACAAGAUGUAAUCAAUAGACUACGUGAAUGUAAGGAGGACCUUGUCAUAGCCGCCUUGUAUCCAAAGUUAGAUGUAGAAGUCACUAAACAAACAAUUCAUUUGCUGAAGGCGCCAUUCUGCAUCCAUCCCGCUACAGGAAACGUAUGUGUGCCAAUCGAUGAUACUUUUACACCGGAAUGUGCACCGAAACUAAUUGAUUUACAAAAUGAAAUUGAAAAAGAUCACAACAGUGAAAAAACCACUUUGCAGCCCUUUAUUGAAAAAUUUCAAAUUUUUGUAAAUUCAGUAAUAAAUCAUGAAGUCGAAAACGUAAAGAGAGGGCAUGAUUCCCUAGAAAAUGAAAACCGAGAAUCAUAA